AUGAUUAUCCCAAUUCGUUGCUUCUCCUGCGGGAAGGUGAUUGCCGAUAAAUGGGAGCGCUACAUGAAAUUGCUCGAGGAAGGCAUACCUGAUGGGGAGGCGAUGGAUCAAGUGGGCGCAAAGCGGUACUGCUGUCGGCGCAUGUUGAUGACCCACGUGGACUUGAUCGAGAAGCUGCUACAAUACGACCCCGCCGAACGAAGACUGAAGGCGCAGUGA